AUGCACCGCCGCAACGGGAGCCUCAUCGAUCGGCUGGCAAAGGGCCCAAAGACGCCCAUACCAAGAGGCCCCUACGUCCACGAGGCCUGCCGGCCCAGCCGGCACCACCGGCCGCUCAGCGCCUGCCAGCCGCUCUUCAACGCCCGGGCGCCGAAGGCGUGCGCAGAAGUUCCGUGCCGGUUCCUGGCCACCGUGGGCUUCUGCCCCAACGGGGUGAACUGCAUGUACUCGCACGCUGCCGCUCCCACGGCCGCCGCCGAGGCGGCGGCGCGCGCCGUGCCGCCCAGCAGCCCGCGGCGGCCCCCCCGCCCUCGCCACGAGGACCCGGAGGCCAUCGCCGCCCUGACUGCCCUGGCGGCGGCGGGCCUGGAGCCGCGGCCCGCCGCGCCCGACCUCGGGCCGAGGCCACCCCGCGGCCCUCACCCGCCGUCGCAGGCCCUGGUCCGCCGCCGCAGCGGGCCGCCGGUCCUCCUCCUCGAGGCCGGCCAGCGCGGCCAGCAGCGGCCGCAGGUGCCUCGCCGGCCUGCAGUUCGUCGGCAGCGGGGGCGGCCCUCUCGGAGACGCUGGCAGGAAGCGGCGCCCUCUGUCCAGCGGCUGCGCCGCAAACGACUUGGCCGCCGACCGCGUGGUGACCCGACCGGCCUGACUGACCUUGCCUUGCCCUGCCUUGCUGUGCUGGUAACGUGUGCCCGGGCGGCCGGGGCCGGCCUCCCGCCCCGUAGCCGGCCGGGGAGAGCUGAGCUGCGCCCGCCACGGCCUCUCUGCGCACCCCGUGGGGCGAAUAGCCGCACGGGGCACGCCGGGGCUCGAGCGAAGCUGCGUGUUUUGUGGGGCGACUUCGUGGGCUGUGUGUGUGUGUGUAAGAGGGAAGAUGGACUGUUUGAAUGGUAG